AUGAAGGUGAAGAAGAGCGGCGGGGCCGGGGCGGCGGCGGCGGCCAGGACCGAGGAGGAGCUGGGCCGAAAGGCGCUCAUCGGGCCCGACGAUGUGCUGGGGCUGCAGCGGGUCACCAGCGAUUAUUUGUGCACUCCUGAGGAAAAUGUUUACAAGAUAGACUUCACCAGGUUCAAAAUCCGGGACAUGGAAUCUGGCACAGUCUUGUUUGAAAUCACCAAGCCAGCAGCUUCAGAGCGGGAGCACAAUGACAGGAAGGACGUGGACCCCAACGCCGGACGCUUCGUGCGCUAUCAGUUCACGCCGGCCUUCCUCAGACUGCGGCAAGUGGGAGCCACGGUGGAAUUCACAGUAGGGGACAAACCCAUUAAUAAUUUCCGUAUGAUCGAGCGGCACUACUUCCGUGACCAGCUGCUGAAAAGUUUUGAUUUUGAAUUUGGCUUCUGCAUCCCCAGCAGUAAAAAUACUUGUGAGCACAUCUAUGAAUUCCCCCAGCUCUCGGAGGAUCUCAUUCGAGAGAUGAUCCUGCAUCCCUACGAGACACAGUCGGACAGUUUCUACUUUGUAGACAACAAGCUGGUGAUGCACAACAAGGCAGAUUAUUCAUACAGUGGAGGACCUUGAGCCUGGGCUGGGUGGCCCCAGCCAUGCUGGCCUCCCCUUCCCUCUGGAAGUCGUCAGGGAUCCCAACACCUCCAGCUCCUGCAGUGUCACCUGGACAAGGAUCCACCAACCAAGGACUCUUUGCCACAGUAGGAGUUUCAUGACAUCUCUUUUGAGCUUUGAAGCAGACCCAGUUCUUCAGAAGUUUUUAAGCUAAAAAUGAUCUUUGGAUACCACUUCCCUAAGUUCUUUUAAGUGUCUGCUUUGAAAAUGGCCUUGUGGGACCUGAGGGGUUUUUGCCCUAAUUCUGUGAAUUUAUGUUCUUGCCCCCGAGUAUCUUUUAGGAUUGCUUCCCCAAAGAAUGUAAUCAGAGAAAACCAUGGGUGUGGAUGGAUGUAAAGGCAGAGGUUUGGGUGGUUGUUUCUCUUUGUGGAUGCUUCAAAGGCCAAUUUAACUUGUCCAGCCUGUUGAAAAUAUCGAGCAAAACAUCUCACAAAGGCAAGUUCCAUCUUUAGACUGGCUCUCUCCAUGAGUAUUUCACCCUUUGGUUUCAAUCCUUCUGUGUAAUGUUCUGUUUAACCUUGGAAACACCAAAACCUGCAAUGAAGAGCAAUAGUUCAGUGACACAGAGCUGUGUUAAUUGGGUGUUUUUGCAUUUACAUUCCUUUUACAUUUCAGAUGAAGGUAAAAUGGCAUUGUGGGUCUAUGAACCUCCAUAAGCACAUUCCACUGAUUGCAGUUUUUUGCAGAAUAAUCAGGAAAAACAGAAGGAUUUUAGCUUUAUUUAACAUUCUUGCUAUAUUUAACAUUCAGCCUUUUCAUGCCACACAUUUCCCAUGUCUAUUUUUUUCAUCUCUGCUCGAUACCAAGAUAAGGACUUCAGCACUGCUUGUUACAGCAACAUUUUAAUUGUCUAGGGCAGCUGGGGAGUGUGGAAUUUCCAAUUUUCUAUGUGUAUCUGCAUUUAAAGGAGGUUAAGACAGCGUUUCCCCUUUGUUAAAAACAUUUCUCAUCAGAUAAUAAUACAGGUGAAGCUAAAUCUAAUAAUCUAAAACUUUAACACACAGCAAAAAAAAUAGCAAGAGUUCUCUCUUCUCUUCUGGAAGAAGUUUAACACCAAUUUAGCCCAAGAAAUAGCAACACCAAGAAUAAACUAGUGUGGGGUGACCUGUUGUCAUGAAACCCUUACUCUGAAGGUCAGUUCACUGAUACUUAAAAAAAAAAAAAAAAGAAAAAAACAACAAAAAUAAAAGACAGUUGCAGUCUGUAGAUAUUUCUAUAAAUACUUGAUGUCUCCAUGUCUAAUUCUGUGAGUUGAAGUGGAACAUUCUAUGUUAGCCUCAGAUAGGUGUAAUAAUUGUAAUAAUUUUUAUAAAAAUACCAUUUCCAGUUGUGAUGAGCAUCUCUGUAGUCGCAGCCUGUGUCAGACAGGACAAACAAUUCCAAGUGUAGCCUCAGGCCAGGGAGGUUUUUGUGCUCUUGUUGGGGUUGUGGUCACUUUUCAAUGUGUCACCAUUUGUAUUUGGCUUUGCUUUUUUGACUGCUGAGAGAGGAGGCAGUUUUUUUUUCUUUAAAAACCCAGUGAUUUUAGGUUACAGCACAGUUUUUAUUAAGCUUGGUAGCUACAAAAGUGUGUCAAGUUCACUGAUUUUACACAAGUAGUAGCUUGUAGUAAUUCUUAUCACAGUGAGACUUGUAUUUAUCACUAUUUUUUGUCUCUAGUGUGUUAAAUUAUACAAGUAGUCUACAGCUGACUGAUCAGUUUGAGAGAUACAAAGGAUUUCCUCAUUAUUUGUGCUGUACUUUGAGCUACUGACCAUUAAUUUUAUAGCACAAUAAUUACUAAAGAUGGAAAUAGGUUCAAAAAUGUUUUCAUUCCUCCCCCAACUUCUUUCUUUUUU